AUGCAGGUUCCAGUUAAUAUAUAUAGAUCUGCAAUGCUGACUAACGGCCCUAUAGCUUUUCUUAGGUUGGCAACUAUGGCAAUUACAAGAGCUAAAAGUACUACUGUAAAGACAGAGGUAUCGCAUGGACUAGGUCUGCCACUGAAGGUAGUCAAAACUACAAAAGUUAGUAAAACAAACGGUAGGGUUCCAGCGUCACCAAAGAAAAAGCCUCAUCUCGAGGACUUGCUAGGACAUAUUGAAAUACCGACGGAUUAUGAGUUGCCAGCAUCAUAUUUAGAAUUCCAUGAUCCGGAGUUUGCUAAAGGUUUGAAAUGGGUUGUUGAGAAAGACCCGUCGUUGUACCCAGUCAUAGUACACCAAAACUUCCAACAUUUCAAAAGGAAGGAAUCUGAAGAGUCAUUUAGCGAUGAUGAAAUUAUAUUAAAGUACUGGUAUGCAUUAAUAUCAAGUGUUAUUAGUCAGCAGAUAUCUGGAAUGGCUGCAAAGUCGAUCGAAGGCAAGUUUAGGGCACUCUUUGAGGAUGGCAAGCCAACGCCAGCGAAGACUCUUUCAAAGAGCGUUGAAGAGCUCAGAAGUGCAGGUUUAUCGAACCAAAAGCUGAAAUAUAUUACCCACAUCAGUGAAGUAUUUAAUGAUCCUAAUUCGAAUUUAUCCAAGAUCCAGUUUUACAAAGAAAACACUGUUGAUCAAAUUAUCGAAGAGUUGACUUUACUAAAGGGAAUAGGUGUGUGGUCAGCGAAGAUGUUUGCACUUUUUACGUUAAAUAGUCUUGAUGUAUUUGCAUACGACGAUUUAGGUAUUGCAAGAGGAGCAGCAAAAUAUUUAAUUAGAAGACCAAAGUAUCUUCAAAAAAUUAAGGAGGAAGUUAAUGAUAAUGAAGAACUAAAACGGUUAUUGAAAAGAAAAUCAAAGUUCGAAUCGUCAAAGGGUAAGAGAGAUUGGGUUCCAUAUCACGAUGAAUAUAUUAAACAUUUAGGAUUGGAAUUUAGUCCUUACCAGCUGGUCAUAAUGCUUGUCUUCUGGCGACUCGGUUCGACCAACGUCGAUGUCUUAGAAAAUACUGGUGUAAGAUAA